AUGGCGUCUCAAAUGGCCCUGCAAGAGAAGGUGCUACUUGGUCAAGGAGCUUUUGGCCUUGUAUAUCGUCUGCACGCCAAAAGUCGUGUUGCUGUGAAGGAACUUCGUGGCAGCCGAGAAGAGCAUGAACGGGAGUUAUCCGCACUAAAAGAGCUUGCACAUCCGAAUAUUGUCAAUUUCCUCGAUGCCACCCCUGAUUAUGUACCUGAUGACCCUUAUUGCUAUCUCAUCUUCAUGGAUUAUUGUGACUAUGGGUCUUUGGAGAAAGUAAUCAUUGAUCCAAAAAUUAUCUAUACCGCAGCUACGAUCGUCAGUUGGGCUAUGGAAAUCAUCCUCGUAGCGGACCUAUUUCGCCUAAAAUUAUCUGAUUUUGGCAUUUCGCGGCCAGUUGACAAUUUGGUGCGGCAUGAAGGAGCCGGUACACAUGGGUAUAUGGCACCAGAAAUUCUCGAGGCAAUUGGGAAUCGGAAUGACACACCGGCAAAACAGAUGCGAGCCGAGGAUAUUUACAAAUGCGAUACCUACAGUGCGGGGGUGGUCGUUUGGGAAAUAAUGAAGAGAAGGUGUCUCGUUGAGGAUUGCACAAUGAGACCUACAGCGAAGCAGAUCUUGACUGACUUGGCAACCCUGAGAUACGCAUAUCCGUUGGAUCCGGUGAUGCGCCGGAGUCAGAAACGGUUAUUAAAACCUAUCGGAUUGGACGUUUCCGCCUGGAUAGGCGCGACUAAGGUGGAUUUUUCCGAGUUGAAAGUCAUGCUUGAGGAGUUGUCUAAACGAUUCAGACCCCAAGAAAAAAGAUCUGUUUUGCUUGAGGCUUUGGUUUGUCAGAUGACGAAUAACAAGUUCGAUUUGGAAACAGUCGAUAUUGAAGAACGAGACAAGCAUUACCGUUGUAAAAUGCCUCUCUUGAUGAAGCAGUUCUGGCGGCCCCGUGCCUUUAUGGGGCUGCUGGCUUUGCCUCGGUUCCACACUCACUGGGGACUUGCCCUUGGAAUCUGGAUAUUGUCGGGCAUUUGCCCGGCGAUUGCCUGCUGUUAUUGUAUGCGGCGUUGCGUAAUCAGCAUCCAACGCAAGUUCGUUUUUCUAACGCCAGAUUAUGAAAAC